AACAACUUCAUUCUUCUGGUGGACAGUUCAGGUGUGGUAAAGACAACGAGACAGGAAUAACACCAGAUUGUUAUGCGUCUCUUAUCAGUGGACAGAGCACGUGCUCCGUUUACUUAUCAUCUGAUCACUAGACUGACCCACAACGCUACUCGAACAGGUAUCAUCAUGCAGGCUUCAAUCGCGUUCGGAGUUGUGACAAUUCUGUCCACAGUCAGUUGCAGUCAAUUAGACUUGUCUCAGCGCCUAGGCAAUCUUGAAAAUGAAUGGCGACAAGCUGAAGCUUUUGUUGGGCAACAGGCACGUGAAAUUCAAUCGUUGACUGCCCAACUCCGAACCAAGGAAAUGUCAGUUCGAGAACUUAAAGACACCAUUACCAGACGCCAGGCCUCUGACCAAAAAAUUGGAUUCACCGCGAGGCUUAACCAAAAUGUUGGUCACCUCAACGACCGCCAGGCCAUCGUAUUUGACCAGGUACUGACCAAUGUUGGACAAGCGUACGAUCCCACCACAGGCAUGUUUAUGUGUCCCUACAGCGGGCUGUACGAAUUUGCUGCAACUAUUGUUUCCGAUGGUGACAACAAGAAUCUGGACGCGGAGAUUGUCCAGGAAGGAUCAAGGGUAGCUAGACUCCAUUCGACCAUUUACGGUUAUGACCAGGGCACACAGGUAGCCAUCGUAGGGUGUGCAGAGGGUCAGCAUGUCUGGGUUCGCCAUUUUGGUAGCGCAGACACUGCAGUAUUGCCUGCUGGGUAUAGUACAUUUGCCGGUCAUCUAAUCCACGUCGAUUCGUAGACGUGACGUCAUGAAUUCGAUGAAUACGUCGUUACCCAGCCAACGGGUUUAUGUAGCUUUGUAUCUUUAAAUAAAACGUGUCAAUUAUUGAAA